GAUCCACAUUUCAUCACCCUUAAACCGGUAACGGGCCAACAUUUCAUACCCGAUUUUAUCCCAAAUCGAUAUUGUAUCCUGUAACCCUCAAUCUUGUUUUCCCCAAAUUAAACCCUGUGUAAUUCUUCUUAAUCAAGAUCUGUACUGCUGCAUUGAAAUUAGGGUUCUUAAAUCCCAGUGACAGCCGGUGAGCCGGGCAUUGCUUGAAAACGGGUUCGUGCUCUAGACAGAUUGGCUUUAAAUGACUAAUGAUCAGUUGGAACUUUAGAUACUAAUAUCAUAGUGGUGAGGACAAGAAUCCGAGUUUGAUCAUUACAUGGAUUUCAAGUUAAGAUUGGUGCUGAUUUUGAUGUUGACUUCGACAACGUUUGCUAUUAGAAAGGAUAUCAGUUUUCAAGAAACGCAAAUCUGCAGAACGACGGUUCAAGGAAGAUAUUUAAUAACCGAUUAUACUGGUUACGUAUGUGAUGCCUUAUCACUUGAUCCUAAAUCACACUGCUGCCGUGUGAAAAGAGACCAAUACAGCUGUCAAGGCUGCAAUCUCGUCUCGCAAUGCUGCAAUUCGUAUGAGUAUUGUGUUUCAUGCUGCUUGAAUCCGGAAAGAACGCAUGUAAAUCAAGCGUUAAAAGUGAAGAUAGCUAAACCGGUGACUUCAGGGACUUAUUCAAGUUUAUUUGAUUACUGUGCUGGAAGAUGUCGGCAUAAUUCCGAGAGUGUAGUUCAUGAAAACGCUUAUUUGAGUGAAUUUCAUCAUUGUUUUGCACCGCCAUCCAAUAAUUCAGUUGGAAUUAGUGAUACGCAGAUAGAGGUUCGGUUAAUCGGGAUUAAUGUUAUGGUUGGUAAACAAGGGGAAUCGUGUGAUUCUGUUUGUAAGUCGGUUGGGCAGUCGUGUGUGGCGAGUAAAUUUGUGUUUAUUAAUGAAUGUGGAGUGAUGCAAAAGUAUAUGAAAUGUAAAGGAUCGUGUCUUGCGAGCAUUGGUGCUGACCAACCUGCUGAGGUGGCUGAGGAUGCACCUAGAAAUUUGAACCCGGGUGCAUGUUUAUACACGCGAAGACCGUCAAUGCUUUCUUGUGAUGGGUCGCAUCAGCAUACAAAGAGGCUUUGCCCUUGUGCUUAAAAGUUUAUCGGGUUAGCAACUUUACGAUCUGCUGGACGGGUUAUUAGAGAUCCUUGAUUUUUGCUGCAUUGAAUUGUGAAGCUGCUUGCUUUAUCCAGAAGAACAUAACAGAUGAAUACGCUGUGCAUCAGGCAUGUGGACUUACCAAGAUCAGGUUGGGUAAAGUCAUAAUAUACUAAAUUGAUUAUCAAACUGGAAGUUUUAAGUGAAGUUUUGUGUUUGUUGAAAACUUUGUUUAUCAAGAAAUGGAAAUUCAUUCGUUUACUUGGGAAUU